AUGUCACAUCCCCUUGGCACCGCAUCCUUCCACAUUUACACCCAUGCCUCACCUUCGCCCAGAACCAUUCCAACUGCAUUCUCCAAGACGCUCAAAUAGCAGCUAAUGCAACAUUCUGUCAUGAUCACUCGCCCAUGGAACUCCCACCCUGUUCAACGGCACUCAAUCAUCCAACUACCCCAGGACACCAGGGUGCCUUGCGUGAUACCCUUCAAAGAAAUGCUGUAGCUCCGGGCCUGGGUUCAACUACACCAUGAUCCAUAUGCAUGGCUCAGCCCAAUAGUGAUGUUGGCGACCAGUCGGAUGUCGAGGAUGGCUCUGGGCAGCCUUCUCGGGCAAGCGGGGUAGGUCGCAAUGAACCCGUCCAACAUGUCCCCUAUCCCUGGUCCCGAUGCACACCUUGCCGGGUUCGGUAGCAUGUUUCUAGGGCUAGGUCAGGGCAGUCAGCAUCACAUCACAACAUGUCUACCAACCUGGCAAGGCGCUGGCAAGUCAUGCAGUGAGCCAACCACCCGCGAACACCUACAAAAGCCAUGGAGGCCGCACCUCGGGACAGGAUUUGGUGUCCCAUCACCAUCACUCCCUCUGAACCCAAGGGCCUGACAACAUGUCGCUUUCCAAGUUCUGUCUGUUGGCGUCUGCCUCGUUGGUGAGCUUGACCACCGGGCUGAGCACACCACAUGCCAAUAUCAAGCGUCAGGUCUCCCAGUUGCGUGAGAGUUAUGACUUUGUCAUUGUUGGCGGAGGUACAAGUGGUCUCACGGUAGCUGAUCGGUUGAGUGAAGCUUUUCCACAGAAAACUGUACUGGUUGUUGAGUACGGCGAUGUUGAGUACGCUCCAUCAAGCUUCGAUCCACCGGUCGACUGGUAUGGGCCGAAUUCAUUUCAAAGCGCCUCCCUCUGGGUAUUUUUCUCCCAGCCGAACCCCGAAUACAACAACUUGACGGCCCUCAGCUUUGCGGGGCAAGUGGUCGGUGGAAGCAGUGCUAUCAAUGGCCAAUUCUUCGAUCGGCCAUCACGUCACGAUCUUGAUUCCUGGACCCAGCUCGGCGUUUCUUCAGACUGGAACUGGCGGGGAAUGUUUCCCUAUUUCAAAAAGAGCAUCAAGUUCACCGCACCAUCAGCACAGGUGGCUCAGCAGUACAACUACACCUGGGAUCUUUCUUCUUACGGCGGCACGACACCCAUCCAUUCCAGUUUUCCCCCCUUCCAAUGGGCCGACAACUCCGUCGUCCUGAACGGCUGGAGGGAGCUGGGUGUCCACACACGUCAGGACUGCGCUGGCGGUGACAAAGAAGGUCUCUGUGCAGUUCCUACUUCACAGCAUCCCAUCACUGCAAGACGUUCUCAUGCUGGGCUUGGCCACUACGCCGAUGUAGUUGGGACUCGUUCCAAUUACGAUCUGCUUGUGAAGCAUCAGGCAGUCAGAGUCGUCUACCCCAACGGAGUCAAUUCUGGCCCUCCACUUCUCGAUGUCCGAUCGCUAACCACCAAUGCUCGGUUCAACAUCACCGCCAAUGCUGAGGUUGUUCUCUCGGCUGGCGCCUACCACACACCCACUGUUCUUCUUAGAAGCGGCAUCGGUGCUGCCAAUAUCCUUGCAGCGUCUGGAAUUACACAGGUGCUUGAACUGCCAGGAGUCGGUGCCAAUCUUCAGGAUCAUCCUGGGAGCACAGGCGUGGCUUGGAACUACACCAAGCCUGGAAACUGGACCCCAAUGCCAGAGGAAAUGGCCGACCCAACUUUCAAGGCUGAUGCCACGGCUGCGUUUGACGAGGUGCCAGCGCGCGGUCCUUACACCAUGGCCUUGGGCAACCAGGCCAUCUACAUUUCUCUCCCAAACACCACACCCAACUACCUCAGCAUCAUUCGCAAAAUCCUCAGACAGACAGUAGAUGGAUCCGCAGCAUCCUUCCUGCCAGCCGACUACAGAGACAACGCAGCACUGGCCAGAGGUUACAGAGACCAGCUCGCCGUCUUGGCCAAGCUCCUCCUCAACCCCAAGGCCCCCAACCUCGAAACCCCAUGGUCAACAGGUUAUUCCGCCGCAGCGAUCCUUCUUCAUCCCCUCAGCCGUGGGACGGUCCGCCUCAACCCGGCAGAUCAUCUUGCUCAGCCCAUUGUUGACAGCAGACACGGCAGCAACCCAGUCGACUUUGACAUGCAGCUUGCUAAUGUGAAGUGGUCACGAAGACUGCUUGACACACCCACGAUGAAGCGCUACGGCGCGGUGGAAACUGCCCCGGGUGAAGCUGUGCAGAGUGAUGCGGAGUUGUUGGCGUUUAUCAAGAGCGCUGCGACGUUGAGUUAUCAGCAUCCGUGCUGCACUGCUGCGUUGGGACCGAAGAAUAAGGGGGGUGUGGUGGAUAACAAGCUGAGGGUGCACGGGGCGAAGGGGUUGAGGGUGGUGGAUAUCAGUGUUUUGCCUUUGGUUAUCAGUGCGCAUACGAGCUCGACGGCUUAUGCGCUGGGUGAGAAGGCUGCGGAUGUUAUUAUCAAGGAGUGGAGGUGA